UUCACACAUUAAUAUGAUACAAUGUUUAAAAUUAUGAACUCUGUAGGUUUUCUUUUGUUCAUUGUGAGCACACUUUAUCCAAAAAAAUUUCUUAAUUGCUUUCUUAACCUAUUCGUUUUAAUUGAAAUAAAAACACAACUGUAUGGCUGAAUAUUAAGAGGAGAAUCGCAGCUAAAUGAAAAAAAAAACGAACUUUUUAAUUUUAUCUUAAACACUGCGUCGUAUCUCUUAAUUUUCUUUAAGUCAAAUUUCACGAUAUUUUUUACCACUGUCCCAAAACAGAAUUUCAGAUAAAAAAAAAGCUACUUGUUUUAAAAAUAUGUGUAAAUGGAAAUUGGCUAGCAAAGAGGGUAUACAUAUUGUGGAUAUUCUGGUAAGAGAAGUAAAAAGUUCAGAUAGGUUUUCUUAAUUUUUUAAUUACAUGAGGUGUCACACUAGUAAUUCCAAGGGAAAAACAUCACGUUAACCAAAAAAAUAAAAUGCUGAGUAGGGACCCCCCUUAAAAAUUAAUGCGUUGAAUCAUUGAAAUAAGGAAAUAAGAUUAUUCCGGAAAGGGUGACCUAUAGUAUAGCAAGCCCGCAUUAUGAAUAUAAAUUUAAUAUUCAUUUGUUGCUGUCUUACUCCGACACACUCUUCUUUUCCCAUCGUUUUUCAAAAUCAUAAAAUUUCUUGUACCUUCUCGCUAUUUCCAUCUUCUUGUGUCUAAGAGUAACAAAUUUCAAAUGAAUGGACAGAAGAUCAUUUAAAUCGUUUGCACAGAAUGUAGAAAAAUCUUGUAUAAUUUAAGCUUCAAAUUCUAGUAAGAGCAAACCAAUAGACUUAAAAAUAGGGAACCUAUUUGUCGAAUGUCUUUCUCCUUCAUAAGUCUAUAAUUGCCUAAAAGGAUUUGAAUUCGAGUUACAGGUAAUUCAAUCUAGGUAAAUAUUAGCCCUAUAAGAAAUUAAAAGCUGCUCGUUAUGGAGUAAUCUAAGUCUUUUAGAGCCUGGCUGUGAGCCGUCGGUGAAUGGUGAAGGUGUUGGGUGACCCAGACCUGGCGUUUAGCGCCGCCUGAUCCCUCUGUCUGUGUGUUUGUUUCCGAGAUAAGGUGUUUAGGGCUAUACAGCCGACAGUGUUGACUGAAUGAAUACCCCUCCACAAUAUCGAAUGAUAAUCUAGAGGAAACGGAGUGUUAAUGGCUUAAGAGAUAGAUAAGUCGCAAGAGUGAAGAUUUGCUUCACUAAGAGACGGGGAUCGGAAAUAGAUCAGGUACUUCCAACAAGACCUCAGCCACACGAAAACUCGCGCGGGACCUUCCGUCAAAGCAAAACAAGAGGAACUUUCCCUAGAACUCGGUGACGGAGAAACAGAGCAGAGACUCCGAUUCUCAAAGACGGAGAACUUUCACCCAAGUUAAGCGACGGUGGAUAACCUUGGCCGGGACCUUCCACCAAACCUCAGUGACGAGGAAAUGCAUUAAGAAUAUCGAUUCCUUAUAUGUGACAAUAGAAUUACAAGAAAAAUAUUCCCAUCAAAUUUCUGUCAGAGGAAAAAGGAGAAGCUCACGCGAAAACUCGGGCGGAACUUCUCAUCAAAACUUACAGGAAAAGUCGGGGGAUACUUCUCAUUAAAACUUACAGGAAAACUCGGACGAGACUUCUCCUCAUCAAAACUCGCUGACAGAAGAAACCAGAAGGGAGAGACUACCACUGGGAUGCUAGCGCUCCUUCCCUCGUUACUUCUGUGGUCGGUGUUUCCCUUCUGCAGCGGGGGGAGGUACCGGCGAUCCGCUGAGUGGGGAGCUGACCUGGCCCCCGGGCCCUAUUGUGCCUCUAGGGGAGAGCCUCAGUGCUGCACGGGGAGAGACGACAAGUGCUCUGUGGAGGUCCUCGGGUCUCUGUGUUACUGUGACUCGUUCUGCACCAGGACCGCCGAGGAUUGCUGUCCAGACUAUGACGUCACGUGUAUGGGAAUCGCACCUGUCACCAAAGCUGGUUGCAGGUUAAAUGACCAUGAGUACAAACCUGGAGAAACUCUACGAGAGAACUGCAACGUGUGUACAUGUAAAUUGGUACAGCCCGACCGCUACGAUUGGAUGUGUUCGAAAAACACUUGUUUGAUUGACUCGGAUCGGUUAAAUCAAAGUGCUGAGGUCUUUGGAUGGAAAACUGCGAACUACUCUCGUUUCUGGAAUUUAACGUUUACACAAGGAAUCAGCGAACAUGUCGGGAUAGAGACAGAGAGCAGAGCAAAGAACAUGUCCUCGCUCCAUAGCUACUCACGGGAUGAGCUUCCGAUUCACUUCGAUGCCAGGAUAAACUGGACGUCGUGGAUACAUCCGGUCCGAGACCAGAAGAACUGCGCGUCAUCCUGGGCUUUCUCGACAGUAGAUGUGGCGGCGGACAGGCUAGCGAUAGAGUCCGAGGGACUACUGACCAAUCAGCUGUCGCCUCAGCACCUAGUGUCCUGUAAUACAGGGCGGGGUCAGAGAGGCUGUCGGGGAGGGUCUACGGAGAAGGCGUGGUGGUUUGUCAAGAGGAGGGGGAUAAUAACGGAGGAGUGCUACCCUUACACUGCCUCUGACGGUGAAUGUCUGGACGGGGAGACCACGUGUCCCAAUGCCAACUCCAGCACGGCCAAGAUAGUCCUAUACGUCACGCCCCCCUACAGAGUCAGGCAAGACGAAGAAGACAUUAAAGCCGAGAUCUACCGGAACGGCCCGGUACAAGCCACUUUUCGGGUGUCCUCGGACUUUUUCAUGUACCGGUCCGGCGUGUACAGACACACAGGAGCGGACCUGGGAGAGAGCAGGCUGUCGGUCAGAAUAAUUGGAUGGGGUGAAAAAACCAAUAAAAAGGGCAAAAAGAGAAAAUACUGGAUCUGUUUAAACAGUUGGGGGACGAAGUGGGGCGAGAAGGGAGCGUUCCGUAUCGUGAGGGGAGAGAACCACCUGGGGAUAGAAGAGAACGUCCUAGCUGUCCACGCCGACCUAAUCCGGUCCCUAUCCAUCCACCCCAGCGACCGUAUACGUGACCAGGGCUUAAUUAACAUAUACACCAAUAAACAAAUAGUGGUAAUUAAAAGACCAAGACCGACGGAGCAGCCGUAAUUAAUAUUAAUAUGACGUAAUGGGUAUCACGGCAACCCGCCGCCCACGAAAGUGUCGUCACAACCCCCCUCGGUCUUGAAGAUGGUUGCGUUCUAGCUUUGGUCGGUUUUAUGUGUGACGUGUAAGAAUUUUGUAGGAUGUGCUUGUUUUGUUUUUGAUUAAUUCAGUGCGCGACCCAACAUUACUUCUGAUAACAGAAUGCAGCUGUUUAAAAUAGGUCUGCCUUGUAUUACCGGUGUUCAAAAUAAUGUUUUCCGUUGAUAUAUACAAAAGUGUGUUUAUGUGUUAGUGGGGCAUUAGUGGCUCAUGAAUGUGAUGCCAAUGCAUACUAAGUGUGGUCGACUGCACUCUGCAUGAACAUACAGACAUAAACAAGCUAGAAGAUUUAAAAUGAAAAAAAGAAUAAUAUAAGCAUAUUUUUGUCUAUCGCCUAAAACUGAGAAAUAAAUAAAAAAAUAUAUAGA